GACUUGGCACCAAGAGACAUUUCUGGAACCUCUGACCCCUUUGCCAGAAUCCUCUUCAAUAACCACAGUGCAGAGACUUCGGUGAGGAGGGAGAUGAGCUGGAUAACAUGUACAUGACUGAAUUAAUCGCCAACUUUAGUGGAGACAAAGACUGAUUAUGUGAAAUACUAUAUGAAAUGUUUUUCUUCUGUGUUUGUCUGUCAGAUCAUUAAGAAGACUCGUUACCCACACUGGGGUGAGACCCUGGAGUUGGAGCUUGAGACAGAGGAGCUGUCUGAGGGAGGUACUGUCACAGUGGAGGUCUGGGACUGGGACAUGGUGGGCAAAAAUGACUUCCUGGGAAAGGUGAAGAGGUUAUGUUUCUAAAGUCCAAUCCCUCUUACUUAUGUUAAUCUAUGAGGACAUGUUAUACUUAUUUCUACUAUAUACAAUGAUUCAUACUUUUACAAAUACAAAUACAGUGGGGAAAAAAAGUAUUUAGUCAGCCACCAAUUGUGCAAGUUCUCCCACUUAAAAAGAUGAGAGAGGCCUGUAAUUUUCAUCAUAGGUACACGUCAACUAUGACAGACAAAAUGAGGGAAAAAAAUCCAGUAAAUCACAUUGUAGGAUUUUUAAUGAAUUUAUUUGCAAAUUAUGGUGGAAAAUAAGUAUUUGGUCAAUAACAAAAGUUUCUCAAUACUUUGUUAUAUACCCUUUGUUGGCAAUGACACAGGUCAAACGUUUUCUGUAAGUCUUCACAAGGUUUUCACACACUGUUGCUGGUAUUUUGGCCCAUUCCUCCAUGCAGAUCUCCUCUAGAGCAGUGAUGUUUUGGGGCUGUCGCUGGGCAACACAGACUUUCAACUCUCUCCAAAGAUUUUCUAUGGGGUUGAGAUCUGGAGACUGGCUAGGCCACUCCAGGACCUUGAAAUACUUCUUACGAAGGCACUCCUGGCGGUGUGUUUGGGAUCAUUGUCAUGCUGAAAGACCCAGCCACGUUUCAUCUUCAAUGCCCUUGCUGAUGGAAGGAGGUUUUCACUCAAAAUCUCACGAUACAUGGCCCUAUUCAUUCUUUCCUUUACACGGAUCAGUCGUCCUGGUCCCUUUGCAGAAAAACAGCCCCAAAGCAUGAUGUUUCCACCCCCAUGCUUCACAGUAGGUAUGGUGUUCUUUGGAUGCAACUCAGCAUUCUUUGUCCUCCAAACACGACGAGAUGAGUUUUUACCAAAAAGUUAUAUUUUGGUUUCAUCUGACCAUAUAACAUUCUCCCAAUCCUCUUCUGGAUCAUCCAAAUGCACUCUAGCAAACUUCAGACGGGCCUUGACAAGUACUGGCCUAAGCAGGGGGACACGUCUGUCACUGCAGGAUUUGAGUCCCUGGCGGCGUAGUGUGUUACUGAUGGUAGGCUUUGUUACUUUGGUCCCAGCUCUCUGCAGGUCAUUCACUAGGUCCCCCCGUGUGGUUCUGGGAUUUUUGCUCACCGUUCUUGUGAUCAUUUUGACCCCACAGGGUGAGAUCUUGCGUGGAGCCCCAGAUCGAGGGAGAUUAUCAGUGGUCUUGUAUGUCUUCCAUUUCCUAAUAAUUGCUCCCACAGUUGAUUUCUUCAAACCAAGCUGCUUACCUAUUGCAGAUUCAGUCUUCCCAGCCUGGUGCAGGUCUACAAUGUUGUUUCUGGUGUCCUUUGACAGCUCUUUGGUCUUGGCCAUAGUGGAGUUUGGAGUGUGACUGUUUGAGGUUGUGGAAAGGUGUCUUUUAUAAUGAUAACAAGUUCAAACAGGUGCCAUUAAUACAGUUAACGAGUGGAGGACAGAGGAGCCUCUUAAAGAAGAAGUUACAGGUCUGUGAGAGCCAGAAAUCUUGCUUGUUUGUAGGUGACCAAAUACUUAUUUUCCACCAUAAUUUGCAAAUAAAUUCAUUAAAAAUCCUACAAUGUGAUUUUCUGGAGAAAGAAAAUCUCAAUUUGUCUGUCAUAGUUGACGUGUACCUAUGAUGAAAAUUACAGGCCUCUCUCAUCUUUUUAAGUGGGAGAACUUGCACAAUUGGUGGCUGACUAAAUACUUUUUUUCCCCACUGCAGUUUCAGUUUAGUGUAUGAUGUAUUGGUUAUUUGUUUUCAUGCUCAGGUGGAAAUCCCUUUUGCUUGCCUGCACAAGACACCUCUGGUACAGGGUUGGUUUCGUCUGCUGCCCCUGGGAAACAAUGAGGAUGAUGCUGGGUAAGGAGUGUGUGGGUGUUAGUGUGGUUUUGUGGAUGUGUAUCGGUUUGUGUUUGUGUGUGUAAGAGAGAGAGGGAGGGGGGGUGUUUUUUAAAAUAUAUAUGACUUGAGGACAUACAGUGCAUUCUGAAAGAAUUCAGACCCCUUGAGUUUUUCAAAAUGUUGUACGUUACAGCCUUAUUCUAAAAUUAAUUAAAUUGUUUUUUUCCCCCCUCAUCAAUCUACACACAAUACCCCAUAACGACAAAGCAAAAUAGGUUUUUAGAAAUGUUAGAACAUUUAUAAAAUAAAAUAAAACGGAAAUAUCACAUUUACAUAAGUAUUCAGACCCUUUACUCAGUACUUUGUUGAAGCACCUUUGGCACCGAUUACAGCCUCGAGUCUUCUUGGGUAUGAUGCUACAAGCUUGGCACACCUGUAUUUGUGGAGAUCCUCACAUUCUUCUCUGCAGAUCCUCUCAAGCUCUGUCAGGUUGGAUGGGGAGUGUCGCUGCACAACUAUUUUCAGGUCUCUCCAGAGAUGUUAGAUCGGGUUCAAGUCCGGGCUCUGGCUUGGCCACUCAAGGACAUUCAGAGACUUGUCCCGAAGCCACUCCUGCGUUGUCUUGGCUGUGUGCUUAGGGUCGUUGUCCUGUUGGAAGGUGAACCUUCACCCCAGUCUGAGAUCCUGAGCGCUCUGGAGCAGGUUUUCAUCAAGGAUCUCUCUGUACUUUGCUCCGUUCAUCUUUCCAACAGGAUGGUGCAAGGUUUCCUCCAGACGUGAGCUUGGCAUUCAAGCCAAAUAGUUGAGUCUUGGUUUCAUCAGACCAGAGAAUCUUGUUUCUUAUGGUCUGAGUCCUUUAGGUGCCUUUUGGCAAACUCCAAGUGGGCUGUCAUGUGCCUUUUACUGAGGAGUGGCUUCCGUCUGGCCACUCCACCAUAAAGGCCUGAUUGGUGGAGUGCUGCAGAGAUGGUUGUCCUUCUGGAAGGUUCUACCAUCUUCACAGAGGAACUCUGGAGCUCUGUCAGAGUGACCAUCGGGUUCUUGGUCACGUCGUUGACUAAGGCCCUUCUCUCCUGAUUGCUCAGUUUGGCCUGGCGGCCAGCUCUAGGAAGAGUCUUGGUGGUUCCAAACUUCUUCCAUUUAAGAAUGAUGGAGGCCACUAUGUUCCUGGGGACCUUCAAUGCUGCAAAAAAAAUGUGGUACCCUUCCCCAGAUCUGUGCCUCGACACAAUCCUGACUCGGAGCUCUACGGACAAUUCCUUCGACCUCAUGGCUUGGUUUUUGCUCUGACAUGCACUGUCAACUGUGGGACCUUAUAUAGACAGGUGUGUGCCUUUCCAAAUCAUGUCCAAUCAAUUGAAUUUACCACAGGUGGACUCCAAUCAAGUUUUGGAAACAUCUCAAGGAUGAUCAAUGGAAACAGGAUGCACCUGAGCUCAAUUUCGAGUCUCAUAGCAAAGGGUCUGAAUAUUUAUGUAAAUAAGGUAUUUCAGUGUUUUACUUUUAAUAAAGGGGCAAAAAAAUUCAAAAAGCCUGUUUUUGCUUUGUCAUUAUGGGGUAUUGUGUGUAGAUAGAUGAGCUUUUUAUUUAUUUAUUCAAUUUUAGAAUAAGGCUGUAACGUAACAAAAUGUGGGAAAAGUCAAGGGGUCUGAAUACUUUCCGAAUGCAAUGCACUGUAUUGGUCCCCCCCUAAUGCCAGAGGCCACAAUUGACGUCAGUUGUUUGUCUGGUGUCUUGUCCGAGAUGGUUAUUUUAUUUCAGUUUUUUUGGUAUUUUUCCCUUUUCAACGUGCGUACACACGCACACACACACAUAGACAGAGAGUCAUUAGGGAGUGAGUCACAGCUUUAGGUGGGGCGUUUGUUCGGGAGGGAAUGAAAAUAUACUAUCAGAAGGGAGGCCUGUCACUCCCAACAUGGCAGGGGACAGGAAACUAUAAAAAAUAACCAUUACAGGGUGUUUGUUGCACAUCAUACCUCGCAUGGCAAGCCACCAAACAUAAUAUAUCCCCAGUGUGGGCACAUUCCCUUGGUAAUGCUCAGCACUGCCUGUGCUAUAACAUGCUUGUGCUAAGCGAACUUCUUGUGAGUAUUGUUUAAGAGUGUCGUGACUGUAGUGUCUCUGAGACAUCUCUCUCUCUCUCUGUCCAUAGAGGUAAGCUGGGUGCGCUGCGUCUGAAGGUACGUCUGGUGGAGGACCAUAUCCUGCCCUCCAUGUACUACCAGCCUCUCAUUGACCUGCUGGUGCAGUCAGUCAUCUCUCCUGCUGAGGUCAACAUCACACUGCUGUCACAUACACAACCCAUUGUUAUUAACUCAUUCUACAGGAUAUUUUUCUGAUUUGUUCAACCACUAAUGUAUUACAUUUUUCAUGCCAUAUGAAGAUGCCAUGGUGCGUGAUUCCUUUCUAUGAAAAUAUAUUUCCUUCUUUAGAUUUCUUAGAAUAUGCCACAUCCUUCCACCACAGGGUUUAUACAGUAUAUAGAGCCUACUGUGCCCCAUGGCUGACAGACACAUAGCCAGCUUCCUCUCAUAAAUGAACACCUGGCUAAUAGGCCUUGACUAUCUCCACCCUCUGACCCACCCCAGGUGGAGGACGGCAGCCCCCUGAACAUGCUGGAGGAGGUGACCACGGUGGAGAGCCGGCAGGACGUGGCCAUGACCCUGGUCAAGAUCUACCUGGGGAAGGGCCUGGUGGUGCCCUUCCUGGACUACCUCAACACCCGCGAGGUCAACCACACCUGUAAGAGACACUGGCUGGCUGGGGAAUUUAACAAAGGACAGGAAAGUCAUAUUUUUGAGCGUAAUGCUUUUCUAGAUGCUCUUGUCAAAAAUCAUGGUUACAGUUGAAGUCUGAAGUUUAGAUACACCUUAGCCAAGUACAUUUAAAUUCAGUUUUUCACAAUUCCUGACAUUUAAUCCUAGUAAAAAUUCCCUGUCUUAGGUCAGUUAGGAUCACCACUUUAUUUUAAGAAUGAGAAAUGUCAGAAUAAUUGUAGAGAGAAUGAUUUAUUUCAGCUUUUUAUUUAUUUCAUCACAUUCCCAGUGGGUCAGAAGUUUACAUACACUCAAUUAUUAUUUGGUAGCAUUGCCUUUAAAUUGUUUAACUUAGGUCAAAUGUUUCAGGUAGCCUUCCACAAGCUUCCCACAAUAAGUUGGGUGAAUUUUGGCCCAUUCCUCCUGAUACAGCUGGUGUAACUGAGUCAGGUUUGUAGGCCUCCUUGCUCGCACACGCUUUUUCAGUUCUGCCCACACAUUUUCUAUAGGAUUGAGGUCAGGGCUUUGUGAUGGCCACUCCAAUACCUUGACUUUGUUGUCCUUAAGCCAUUUUGCCACAACUUUGGAAGUAUGCUUGGGGUCAUUGUCCAUUUGGAAGACCCAUUUGCGACCAAGCUUUAACUUCCUGACUGAUGUCUUGAGAUGUUGCUUCAAUAUAUCCACAUAAUUUUCCUUCCUCAUGAUGCCAUCUAUUUUGUGACGUGCACCAGACCCUCCUGCAGCAAAGCACCCCAACAGCAUGAUGCUGCCACCCCGUGCUUCAUGAUUGGGAUGGUGUUCUUUGGCUUGCAAGCAACCCCCUUUUUCCUCCAAACAUAACGAUGGUCAUUAUGGCCAAACAGUUCUAUUUUUGUUUCAUCAUACCAGAGGACAUUUCUCCAAAAAGUAUGAUCUUUGUCCCCAUGUGCAGUUGCAAACCGUAGUCUGGCUUUUUUAUGGCGGUUUUGGAGCAGUGGCUUCUUCCUUGCUGAGCGGCCUUUCAGGUUAUGUUGAUAUAGGACUCGUUUUUACUGUGGAUAUACAGUGGGGAGAACAAGUAUUUGAUACACUGACGAUUUUGCAGGUUUUCCUACUUACAAAGCAUGUAGAGGUCUGUAAUUUUUAUCAUAGGUACUAUUCAACUGUGAGAGAUGGAAUCUAAAUUGUAUGAUUUUUAAGUACUUAAUUUGCAUUUUAUUGUAUGACAUAAGUAUUUGAUACAUCAGAAAAGCAGAACUUAAUAUUUGGUACAGAAACCUUUGUUUGCAAUUACAGAGAUCAUACGUUUCCUGUAGGUCUUGACCAGGUUUGCACACACUGCAGCAGGGAUUUUGGGCCACACCUCCAUACAGACCUUCUCCAGAUCCUUCAGGUUUCGGGGCUGUCGCUGGGCAAUACGGACUUUCAGCUCCCUCCAAAGAUUUUCUAUUGGGUUCAGGUCUGGAGACUGGCUAGGCCACUCCAGGACCUUGAGAUGCUUCUUACGGAGCCACUCCUUAGUUGCCCUGGCUGUGUGUUUCGGGUCGUUGUCAUGCUGGAAGACCCAGCCACGACCCAUCUUCAAUGCUCUUACUGAGGGAAGGAGGUUGUUGGCCAAGAUCUCACGAUACAUGGCCCCAUCCAUCCUCCCCUCAAUACAGUGCAGUCGUCCUGUCCCCUUUGCAGAAAAGCAUCCCCAAAGAAUGAUGUUUCCACCUCCAUGCUUCACGGUUGGGAUGGUGUUCUUGGGGUUGUACCCAUCCUUCUUCCUCCUCCAAACACGGCGAGUGGAGUUUAGACCAAAAAGCUCUAUUUUUGUCUCAUCAGACCACAUGACCUUCUCCCAUUCCUCCUCUGGAUCAUCCAGAUGGUCAUUGGCAAACUUCAGACAGGCCUGGACAUGCGCUGGCUUGAGCAGGGAGACCUUGCGUGCGCUGCAGGAUUUUAAUCCAUGACGGCGUAGUGUGUUACUAAUGGUUUUCUUUGAGACUGUGGUCCCAGCUCUCUUCAGGUCAUUGACCAGGUCCUGCCGUGUAGUUCUGGGCUGAUCCCUCACCUUCCUCAUGAUCAUUGAUGCCCCACGAGGUGAGAUCUUGCAUGGAGCCCCAGACCGAGGGUGAUUGACCGUCAUCUUGAACUUCUUCCAUUUUCUAAUAAUUGCGCCAACAGUUGUUGCCUUCUCACCAAGCUGCUUGCCUAUUGUCCUGUAGCCCAUCCCAGCCUUGUGCAGGUCUACAAUUGUAUCCCUGAUGUCCUUACACAGCUCUCUGGUCUUGGCCAUUGUGGAGAGGUUGGAGUCUGUUUGAUUGAGUGUGUGGACAGGUGUCUUUUAUACAGGUAACGAGUUCAAACAGGUGCAGUUAAUACAGGUAAUGAGUGGAGAACAGGAGGGCUUCUUAAAGAAAAACUAACAGGUCUGUGCUAGCCGGAAUUCUUACUGGUUGGUAGGUGAUCAAAUACUUAUGUCAUGCAAUAAAAUGCAAAUUAAUUACUUAAAAAUCAUACAAUGUGAUUUUCUGGAUUUUUGUUUUAGAUUCCGUCUCUCACAGUUGAAGUGUACCUAUGAUAAAAAUUACAGAUCUCUACAUGCUUUGUAAGUAGGAAAACCUGCAAAAUCGGCAGUGUAUCAAAUACUUGUUCUCCCACUGUAGAUACUUUUGUACGUGUUUCCUCCAGCAUCUUCACAAGGUCCUUUGCUGUUGUUCUGGGAUUGAUUUGCACUUUUCCCACCAAAGUACGUUCAUUUCUAGGAGACACAACGCGUCUCCUUCCUGAGCGGUAUGACGGCUGCGUGGUCCCAUGGUGUUUAUACUUGCAUACUAUUGUUUGUACAGAUGAACGUGGUACCUUCAGGCAUUUGGAAAUUGCUCCCAAGGAUGAACCAGACUUGUGGAGGUCUACAAUUUUUCUUCUGAGGUCUUGGCUGAUUGUUUUGAUUUUCCCAUGAUGUCAAGCAAAGAGGCACUGAGUUUGAAGGUAGGCCUUGAAAUACAUCCACAGGUACACCUCCAAUUGACUCAAAUUAUGUCAAUUAGCCUAUCAGAAGCUUCUAAAGCCAUGACAUCAUUUUCUGGAAUUUUCCAAGCUGUUUAAAGGCACAGUCAACUUAGUGUAUGUAAACUUCUGACCCACUGGAAUUGUGAUACAGUGAAUUAGAAGUGAAAUAAUCUGUCUGUAAACAAUUGUUGGAAAAAUUACUUGUGUCAUGCACAAAGUAGAUGUCUUAACCGACUUGCCAAAACUAUAGUUUGUUAACAAGAAAUUUGUGGAGUGGUUGAAAAACGAGUUUUAAUGACUCCAACCUAAGUGUAUGUAAACUUCCGACUUCAACUGUAUAUGACAACUGAGUCUCUUGGAUGUAGUGAAACAAAUCCCUGUGCAGCUGUGAACAACCAGACAGUGUGUAGGUUAAGGUAGUGUACAGUAUAGGAAGGAGCUUUGAGUGUAUGUGUGCUAGGCAGAUUUUAAAAAGCCCCGCUGAUCACUUGCUCUUGUUCCUGUGUAUCCCACACAGGCUGUUGCUGGUAUUUAACUCUGAUUUGACGCUCUCUCUCUAAUCGCAGCAGCAGCCACGGUCGGUCUGUGUGGGCGGGCGGUGCAGCACUAUAUUAAUCAGACCUCCAGAAAUUAUUCAACCUUACAGUCAUUUGACAAAUUCGGGGUGUUCAUUAAUUACAGUGCAAUCGAAAAGUAUUGACACCCCUUUACUUUUUUCACAUUUUGUUACGUUACAGCCUUAUUCUAAAAUGGAUUAAAUUAAAAAUGUUCCUCAUCAAUCUACACACAAUACCCCAUAAUGACAAAGCAAAAACAUAUAUUUAUAAAAUUUUUGCAAAUGUAUUAAAAAUAAAAAACCGAAAUACCUUAAGUACCCUUUGCAAUGAGACUCAAAAUUGAGCUCAGGUGCAUCCUGUUUCCAUUGAUCUUCCUUGAAAUGUUUCUACAACUUGAUUGGAGUCCACGUGUGGGAAAUUCAAUUGAUCUGACAUUUAUUGGUCCCAAAGUUGACAGUGCACGUCAGAGCAAAAACCAAGCCAUGAGGUCGUAGGAAUUGUCCGUAGAGCUCCGAGACAGGAUUGUGUCGAGGCACAGAUCCGGGGAAGGGUACCAAAUAAUGUCUGCAGCAUUGAAGGUGCCCAAGAACACAGUGGCCUCCAUAAUUCUUAAAUGGAAUAAGUUUGCAACCACCAAGACUCUUCCUAGAGCUGGCCGCCCAGCCAAACUGAGCAAUCCGGGUAGAAGGGCAUUGGUCAGGGUGGUGACCAAGAACCUGAUAGUCACUCUGAAAGAGCUCCAGAGUUCCUCUGUGGAGAUGGGAGAACCUUCCAGAAGGACAACCAUCUCUGCAGCACUCCACCAAUCAGGCCUUUAUGGUAGAGUAUCAAGACGGAAGCCACUCCUCAGUAAAAGGCACAUGACAGCUCGCUUGAAGUUUUCCAAAAUGCACCUAAAGGACUCAGACCAUGAGAAACAAAAUUCUCUGGUCUGAUGAAACAAAGAUUUAACUCUUUGGCCUGAAUGCCAAGCGUCAUGUUUGGAGGAAACCUGGCACCAUCCCUACGGUGAAGCAUGGUGGUGGCAGCAUCAUGCUGUGGGGAUGUUUUUCAGCGGCAGGGACUGGGAGACUAGUCAGGAUUGAAGGAAGAUGAAAGGAGCAAAGUACAGAGAGAUCCUUGAUGAAAACCUGCUCCAGAGCACAUGACCUCAGACUGGGGUGAAGGUUCACCUUCCAACAGGACAACAACCCUAAGCACACAGCCAAGACAAUGCAGGAGUGGCUUCAGGACAAGUCUCUGAAUGUCUUUGAGUGGCCCAGCCAGAGCCCGGACUUGAACCAGAUCGAACAUCUCUGGAGAGACCUGAAAAUAGCUGUGCAGCGACGCUCCCCAUCCAACCUGACAGACCUUGAGAGGAUCUGCAGAGAAGAAUGGGAGAAACUCCCCAAAUACAGGUGUGCCAAGCUUGUAGCGUCAUACCCAAGAAGACUCAAGGCUGUAUUCGCUGCCGAAGGUGUUUCAACAAUGUCUUGAGUAAAGGAUCUGAAUACUUAUGUAAAUGUGAUAUUAGUCUUUUAAUUUUUUAUUUUUUUUAAACAUUUCUAUAAACCUGUUUUCGCUAUGUAAUUAUGGGCUAUUGUGUGUAGAUUGAUGAGGAAAACAAGUAAUUUAAUCAAUUUUAGAAUAAUGGUCUAAUGUAACAAAAUGUGGAAAAAGUCAAUGGGUCUGAAUGCUUUCCGAAUGCACUGUAUGUUCCUUUCUCCAGGCUAAGUCAUAAGGAGUUUUGUUGUGCUCUUUUUUUUCACUUUCUGUUAGUGUGGCUUGCGAUAACAAGCAAAGUUUCCAUAGCAACUCCACACGAUCAAGAUCAAAAUAGAUGUUGGGUUGUAGAAAUAUGUGUGAGGGGGAAAAAAAGUGAGAAAAAAAUCUAGACAUGCAUUUAUACUGUAGAAGUGGUGUGGUGGAACAAACUUUAAACAUCCUUUUUAAUGUGAUAACAGAGCAGGUAGCUCCUUCCCCAUCUCUUCUCACAAAUGAUCUUCAGGCCUACAACUACACUGAACAAAAAUAUAUACGCAACAUGCACCAAUUUCAUAUAAGGAAAUCAGUCAAUCACAUGACUUGGAAUACAGAUAAUCAUCUGUUGGUCACAGAUACCUUUAAAAAAAGGUUGGGCGUGGAUCAGAAAACCAUUCAGUAUCUAGUGUGACCACCAUUUGCCUCAUGCAGCGCGACACAUCUCCUUCGCAUAGAGUUGAUCAGGCUGUUGAUUGUGGCUUGUGGAAUGUUGUCCUACUCCUCUGCAAUGGCUGUGUGAAGUAGCUGGAUAUUGGCGGGAACCGGAACACGCUGUCGUACACCAUAGCAUCCCAAACAUGCUCAAUGGGUGAUAUGUCUGUUGAGUAUGCAGGCCAUAGAAGAACUGGGACAUUUUCAGCUUCCAGGAAUUGUGUACAGAUCCUUGCGACAUGGGGCCAUGCAUUAUCAUGCUGAAACAUGAGGUGAUGGUGGCGGAUGAAUGGCACGAUAAUGGGCCUCAGGAUUUCGUCACGGUAUCUCUGUCCAUUCAAAUUGCCAUCAAUAAAAUGCAAUUGUGUUCGUAGCUUAUGCCUGCCCAUACCAUAACCCCACCGCCACCAUGGUGCUCUCUGUUCACAACGUUGACAUCGCCAAACCACUCGCCCACACGACGCCAUAUACGCUGUCAGUCAUCUGCCCGGUACAGUUGAAAUCCGGAUUCAUCCGUGAAGAGCACACUUUUCCUGCGUGCCAGUGGCCAUCGAAGGUGAGCAUUUGCCCACUGAAGUCGGUUAAUUACGACGCUGAACUGCAGUUAGGUCAAGACCCUGGUGAGGACAACGAGCACGCAGAUAAGCUUCCCUGGGAUGGUUUCUGACAGUUUGAGCAGAAAUUAUUCGGUUGUGCAAACCUACAGUUUCAUCAGCUGUCCGGGUGGCUGGUCUCAGACGAUCCCGCAGGUAAAGAAGCCGGAUGUGGAGAUCCUGGGCUGGCGUGGUUACACGUGGUCUGCUGUUGUGAGGUCGGUUGGACGUACUGCCAAAUUCUCUAAAACGACAAUGGAGGUGACUUAUGGUAGAGAAAUGAACAUUAAAUUAUCUUGCAACAACUCUGGUGGAUAUUCCUGCAGUCAACAUGCCAAUUGCACGCUUCCUCAAAACUUCAAAUAUCUGUGGCAUUGUAUUUCUUUUUAUUUAACUAGGCAAGUCAGUUAAGAACAAAUUCUUAUUUACAAUGACGGCCUACACCGGCCAAACCUGGACGACGCUGGGCCAAUUGUGCACCGCCCUAUGGGACUCCCAAUCACGGCCGGUUGUGAUACAGCCUGGAAUCGAACCUGGGGGUCUGUAGUGACGCCUCAAGCACUGAGAUGCAGUGCCUUAGAUCGCUGCACCACACUGGAGCCCAAUAUUGUGUGACAAAACUGCACAUUUUAGAGUGGCCUUUUAUUGUCCCCAGCACAAGCUGCACCUGUGUAAUGAUCAUGCUGUUUAAUCAGCUUCUUGAUAUGCCACACCUGUCAGGUGGAUGGAUUAUCCUGGGAUCUUUUAUUUCAGCUCAUGGAACAUGGGACCAACACUUUACAUGUUGCGUUUAUAUUUGUGUUCAGUAUAAAACACUUUACCCGGCAAUAGGUCAUAUCACUAUGCCUACGUCAAUGUUCCUCCCUCCAAGGAUAAAGGUAACUUGGGUAGCAAAUGGGGUCAAUGAAGUCCUCUAUGAAAAUAGAGUAGCGCUAGUAUUGAAGUAGCCCUAGUUAACCAAGAUCAAAAUGUGGUUUAUUACUCCUCUUAGCCCCAUACAGAGUGGUUUAGAAAUGUAUAUCCUACAUUCCUCUUCUCUUUAAUGUAUCUCUCUGACAGUGGAUCCAAACACCCUGUUCCGGUCCAACUCUCUAGCUUCUAAAGCCAUGGAGCAGUUCAUGAAGGUGAGUAGAAUCCAGGAAAUUCUCAUCAUGUUGUCUGGGCAUGAUCCCUCUGUCAAUCCAACGUGUUAGCUUGAUUCUCUCUUGACAGUCUCACUAUGCUCUUACCGGUCCCACGGUAAAGCACGAUAGCCUAGUCCUAUAGACAUGGGAAUGACUUAAAUCUAAGAACCACUAUUGUUCUGAAUAACUAGCAUUAGCUGUGUAAACUGGCUGGAUAAAUAGUAAAAAAGCUUUGAAUGGAUGUUUUCUAAAUGUGAGGUAUUGUGCACUGGCAGGCUGUGGGGAUGCUGUACCUUCAUGAGGUCCUGAAGCCCAUCAUUAACCGCAUCUUUGAGGAGAAGAAGUACAUUGAGCUGGACCCGUGUAAAAUUGAUCUGAACAGAAGCAGGUAAACAGAAAAUACUGGUGUCGAAAUACAGGUGUGAAAAUGAUUGUUUACAGCCUCAGAGAUAUACUAGUUUCCUGGAUAACAACACAUAACAUCUACAGUAUAUGAGACUUGCAUCACAGCAUAAUACCCACCUACUCCACAGUGUGACUAGAGACGACAACAUCAAGACAAGAAAAGGAAUGUAAAAAUGGGGGAAGUUUGUUGCCUGGCAACCAGAGAGAACCCCCCUGAGAUGCCUAUCUCUGACACCCACCCAUCUCCAGUACCUAUCAUCCCUAUAUCUGCCCAGACCAGAUCUGAUCAUUUACACAGACUGAUCCUACAUCUCCUUAGACUUAACCUGCUAUUUACUGUACCACUAUGCUAUCUGUCCACAUUUGUGCUCAAGUUUCCACAGACGGCAUAACACUGAUGCAUCUAUUGAGACAUGAAAUGUAUAGAUGUUGAUGUAUUGAUUUGGCCAGUGCACAGACUUCAUAAUUAGUGACAAUGCUGUCUGUACAAAGCAAAGGUCACAGUAUGGGUCCCGCAGGCCCUUGUGUUUCAGAGCUCCAUUGAAUUGUCAGUAUACAUUUCAUUUCAAUGUAACACUGACUCCUCUCUUUUGCUCUGGAGGCGUAUCUCAUUUAAAGGUGCGGUGUCUGAGGCUGAGGUGAGGGAGAGCAGUGUGGAGAUGCUGCAGGGCUAUCUGUCCAACAUCGUGGAGUCCAUCGUUGGGUCAGUUACCCAGUGUCCUCCUGUCAUGAGGGUGGCCUUCAAACAGCUGCACAAGGGGGUGGAGGAGCAGUUCCCUGAGCCAGAGAACAAGGUCUGUUUCACACCCAGAGGUCAAGGGGUCAAAUUCAGCUACAAAGGUCACCUAGAUUUCAAUGCUGGAUAGAGAAUAGACAUGGGGAUGUUGUCAGUGCAUUUAUUUUCUUUUAUUAAUCUCUGUUGCACUCCUUCCCUCCUGGCCCUCUCCCCACAGGAUGUGAAGUAUCUGGCCAUCAGUGGGUUUUUCUUCCUGCGUUUCUUUGCCCCUGCUAUCCUCACACCCAAGCUCUUUCACCUGAGGGACCAGCAUGCAGAUACACGCACCAGCAGAACACUGUUACUACUGGCCAAGGUACUGUGCCCUUGCACGUACACACUCUCACGGACACACACACACACACACACGUGCACACACACACACACAAACGCACGUGCACACACACAUGCACAGAACCCCCCCCCCCAAACAGACCGUUUUUAUCCUACAACAGUGCCACACAGUCCUGCACAGUGAAACAGCAGUGGAGAAUAUAGUUGCUGUCCAUGGUGCUGAAGUCCUGUUGCUAUGGGUCCUCUACAGAGAAUGUUCUAUUUUUACCUCUGUGUGCGGCCAGGCUGGGGUUCAAAGCAGAGCUUCAGAGAGGGGUUUCCUCUGCGCCCCAUGCCAGGUGUGGGCAGGACAAAGAGGGCCUCACAGCAAGCCUGCUCACUGGGAUGUUUGAUGUUACUCAGAGAGAGAGAGGGGUGUAGUAGUCUGUUACAGAAAGCACAAGCACAUCCUGAUUAUACUGUGCUGCUCAUUUAAUAUCAGAAUUGAUAACGAUACUCCCUGUCCAUUUGACAGAUGGUAAGUUAUGGUUACAGGAGAGAGUGGUGGGUGAACAUGGCUGUGUUUCUCUGUGCGCCAGGCAGUGCAGAGUGUGGGGAACCUGGGUUUGCAGCUGGGCCACGGCAAGGAGCUGUGGAUGGAGCCCCUGCAUCCCAUCAUCCUGUAUAGCGUGGCCUCUGUUAAAGACUUCCUGGACAAGCUCAUCGACAUCGACCACGAUAGCGGUAAGAAGCACCAGCAGGACACUGUUUAUUCAGUAAUGCAUAAGGCCUGGAGUUUUUCCUCACCAUGUCACCAGACCAGGGGAAAAUCUAGGCCCUAGUAGUAAUGCAUCAGUAGCCUGCUGAAGAGCAAGCAGGUAACCGUAGAGAUCAGAGAUAAGGUAGAGCCACUGGGUGGGGGGGGGGAACAGAACAGCAAAGUUUGGCUGGGCACCUAUCCGGGCAGGCUAACCCACCAGGUGCCAGUGUGGCAAGGCCAGUUAUUACUGGUAUCAAUAGAUACAAAAGACCCACUGGUGAAAUAUUCAUAGGCAGCUGGGAGCUGAUACUGGGACUAAAAUGGAGCGCGGUGGGCUGUGCGUGGAACUGUGGAGCCCUCGCCACCCCUACACACCCACUGUAUACAUAGCACACCUAUGCCCUUUUCUCAUCAUCACGUGUCAGCGAGUCUGUUGUUGUGAUCCAUCUUACCCCUCUGAAAUAUCAUGUUCCAAUCUCCAUGUCAUCUCAGCACUUGAUGUGAAUGUGUUAUGCAGGAGUGCAUUUGUAUUGUUCCAUCUGUCUGAGGGUGUGCCAGUGUUAAAUUUGGCACUCUUUUAUAGAUUUAGUCUAGUCUUAGUCAUUUUGACUAAAAUAUCAUUAAGUCACAUUUUUGUCAUUUGAAUAAUGAUUUAGUCUAGUUAUUGUUAAAAUGACUAAAAUAGUGGGCCAUUUUAGUCAACAAAAUGCCCUUUAAUUUUAGUCACAUCACAUUUGUAUUGCCACAUUAACCUAUAGGUGCACAAACAUACAUAGCCUUGUCCUGCCAACAUAUUGUUAUGCAUAACAUCCUAUUCUCUUCCCAACAGCAGAAAUACUGUAUGAAAUAAGUCAGAGUAAAUAGAUAUUGCACAUUACAUACAAAACAAACUGACACACGCAAGCGCAAACUGACACACACAAUCACCAGAUGGUUCCGCAAAGUAUUGGCAAAGUAGUAUGGGUUGGACCUCCGUCACUCGGUCACGUCAUUGCCAUUGUUAUCAAGGUUCCACAGACGCCGCAGCCACAUUGGUGUCCAAAAGUAAAAAGGGGGCUAAUGACUUUGAACGGGAGCUAAUGACUGUUUUGCCCAGUGAUGUAGUAGAGUCACUAAACCUCAAGUCCGAAUCAAGUCUCGAGUCUCAGUCCAAGUCCGAGUCACCAAUGGUUGAGACACGAGUCCCUAUGGCUGAAGUCUGUGUCCCAGUGCUUGAGUCCUGGUCCAAGUGCUCAAGUCUGAGUCACUGGGUCCACAUUAAAUCAAAAGAAAGUUAUUUAUCCAGUCAGAUAUAGUGUAGUGGCAAGAGGAAUUUAGUCUAUUAAUUGUUUGCUAUCCCUUUCCUUUCUGUGCCGCCAAAUGUUUGCAUAUAGGCUACUAGUAAUGUUACAUUUACAUUUUAGUCAUUUAGCAGACGCUCUUAUCCAGAGCGACUUACAGUGAAUGCAUACAUUAUUAUAGUUUUUUUAAUAUAUACUGGCCCCCCAUGGGAAUCAAACCCACAACCCUGGCGUUGCAAACACCAUGCCCUACCAACUGAGCUACAUCCCUGCCGGCCAUUCCCUCCCCUACCCUGGACGACGCUGGGCAAAUUGUGCGCCGCCCCAUGGGUCUCCUGGUCGCGGCCGGCUACGACAGAGCCUGAUGCAGUGCCUUAGACCAAUGGACCACUGGGUUACCAGGGCCACGUUCAGUUCCAAAACGUUCUUGAACGUUGCAGAUAGAAAUGCCAUGAACAGAACCAAUGUUAUUCCUUAUUCAACAUAUCAGAGAGGCAUGUUUGUUCUACAUAGCUUAUUUCUAUCUGAACGUUCCAAAACGUUGAGUCCUGCUGAACGUGUGUCAGGUUGGCUAUAGCUAGCUAAUGAGGUAGCAUGACUGAACAAGGUGUAGCCUAAACAAAGGGUUAACGGUCAGGUCCGCAAGUAGCCUAGUUUUAGAACGGCCUGAGAUAUGCUUUAUGAAUGUAAAAUACUGCCCGCCAAUGCACGACAGAAAAAAAAUAAUCAUAGCGUCAUAUCUUUUGAAAGGUAAGGGCUAGAAUCAAGCCGUUUUCUCUGAGGAAAAGAGUGAGACUUGGCUACGUUGGCUACAGAACCUGGCUAUGAAAUGGGAGGGUUGAGCUUACUCAAGCGAGAUAAAAACAUAGCUAGACUGUUGUUUUACUAUUAAACUUAAUGCGGUUAUGCGUUGUAAUUUCGUAAAGAAGCUUGUGUUUCCCAACCAGGCAAAGGGUAGCUAACUAGAAGGAUGGUGGUGACUGGUUAGCUAUGGGGAAGCAAGAGAGUCGCCUGCGCGAUGUGUAUAAUCCGUGCAGGAGCAGAGCCUGUCUGCCUGUCUUCCCACACAUCGCUUGUUCCCACGCAGCUGAUGUGUGCCGGGUGUGGCGCGUCCUUCCCAUUGCUGAACAAAACUGCGACUACGCUGCGCGUUUGUGCUGCUAAUAUUAAUUGUGCUUAUCACUGAAAAGCUCUAAAUCUCUCCAAAAACUAUUGUCCAGUCCACUUACUAGUUGUCAGAUUUUAGUCACCGAGAUGAUUUUGUCUCCUGUCGUUUUAGUCAACUGAAAAAAAGAAAGAAAAGUUUAGUUAUAGUUUAUUCUGUGUAUAUUUAGUCAGUUAUAGUCUAAUCAAUUGCCACUGAAAAAUAGGUGUUUGACUGACUUGGGCAGGAGCUCACCAGAGCUGAGUACCAGCACCUCAAAUGUUCUACUGCUUGAGCUCCUGUUUCUCUUAUAGAAUAUUAGCUCAAAAGUAUUGUGGCGCGCCUGCACCUAAAUAUAAACAGUACCGGCACCCAACAUGAGUACCAGCACCAAUUUCAGUCCAAGUCCAAAUAUUUCAGUCACUAUUUUUGAUGAAUUUAACACUAGGGUGUGCUGAACACAAGGGUGACUAGGGAGGCAAGAUGACACAAACAAAGAUGUACAAUGAGAUAAUGCAUAAUGUGCUGUAAUGUAAUUCAUCAGUAUGUAUACAUUAACCAUAACUAUACUGCUACAGCUCCACCUUGUGUCCAUAUUGCUAAAAAGUAGAACUUCUGUUUCUGUGCUCCCCUUUAUCACCCAUCUUAUUUCUCUCUUCCUUUCUCACACCCCCUUCCCCUUCCCCUCCGUCACUGUACCUCUUCCCUUUUUUUUCUCCCUCUCUUUUCUCUCUCGCUCUCUCUGUCUGUCUGCAGUGUCUGAGGUGCCCCAGAGGGCUGUGUUCCUGCCCUCAGUGACAGUGAAGGAGGGAUAUCUCCAGAGGCACAAGGCCGAAGGCCCCCAGCUCCUGUCCCGCUUUUCCUUCAAGAAGCGAUACUUCUGGCUGAGCAGUGAGACGCUGUCCUACGCCAAGACCCCGGACCCCUGGCAGGUCUGAUCCCCACAUACACUCUCUACAGAAACCUACCCAUGACCAGCUCUAAUGGCAAUUCCUCCACUCUGUUACGUCAGAUAAAGACGGACAAGAAAACAUUAAGGAUCAAAGUCCUCUGAAAGUAACUCAUUAUAACAAGGUAACACAAUUUCCUCUGGUGAUGAAUUGGCUCCUGUACCCUUCAAAGGGUGUUUGAUCGUCAUCCUGCCUCAUAAAAAACAACAACAUUUUAAUCAUCCCUCUGCCUUCAUUUAUUUGUGUUUCUCUCUGUAUGACAACAUCAUUAGUGGGUGGCUAUUAUCAUGUAAUGCCCAGUCUUUUGAUAAUGAGCUUCUCUCAUUUGCCUAGUCAGUCCAGGACAGGAGUGGGGAUGAGGGAGAGGGAGAGAUUGAAAUGGGGUAGAAGGGGAAGGAAGAGAGAGGGACAGAGAGCAAGUGAGCGAAAAAGAGAACAAGAGAGAGGGGGGAGAGUGAGAAAGAGAGGGAUAGAGAUAGGGAGGGGGGGGGGGGCAGAGAAAGAAAGAGAGCGAAAGAGAGAGAGAGAGAUGUAGGGAAUAGGCCAGUAAAAGAGGGUUCUCUUUGAACAGGCUUCUUCCUUUGUGUGGCUGGAAUAAAGGCUAGGUUAAUUGAAGGCUGUGGAUAUUCAUACUAUCGUUGCAAAUCCAACUGUGGACAAUAUCCCCUCGCCCCUCCCACUGUGCUCUAGCCUGAGUGAGGCAGGCUCCCCAUGGAAGUGGCUGAUUUACACAUUAAAGCAGCCUUUCUGACAUUUUUCUCCUGCCCUGCUCUCUCACACUUUCUUCUCCAUCUCUCCACAACUCUUUUCUUUUCAGUCCUUUUUCUUUGAAAAAUGGUCUUGAAUUGCAUAAUACUUAAUAAAAAGUAGGGGAAGGAUGAAAGCAGACAUACUGUAUCUACUGUACCCGUAAGGGUGGCACUUGAAGCCGGGCCUAAACUCGCCUGAGGAAUAUAGCUGAUAGCUGAAUGAUUAAUUUGAUGUGUAUUUGCCUGCAUCAGAAAAUUACCUCCAAAGAGUAAUACAGGAGUGCCACAUGGAGAUGUGUGUAUACUGAUACUGUGUUAUGUGUGUAUCCUGCAGGUGCGCUCCUCCAUUCCCAUCCAGUGUGUGUGUGCUGUGGAGAGAGUGGAUGAGAAUGCCUUCCAACAGCAGCAUGUGAUGCAGGUCGUCACUCAGGACAACGAUGGACAGAUGCACACAAUCUAUAUCCAGUGCAAGGUACUGACAGACCUCCAGUCACUGACCACACUAUUACUGACCACACCAGUACUGACCUUGACUGGGUUGACUUUGUGGUGCUUUCUUUUCAUCACUGUGAUGUUUGAGUAUAGUCAUGGAAAUACCUGUUCUCUGUGGUUUGUGUGUACGCUGGGACUGACCUGAGUGUUGUGUAUGUCUGUCUGUGUCUGCAGAAUGUGAAUGAGUUGAACCAGUGGCUGUCAGCCAUCAGGAAGGCCAGUAUCUACAACAGGCGCAUGCUGCCCUCCUUCCACCCGGGGGCAUACCGCAGUGGCAAGUGGACCUGCUGUCUAAAGGCCGACCGCACUAGUAAUUAAAAUAUUGACUUAUGUAGGAAGCUUUGUUAAAGUACCACACACACAUAACAUGUUAGUGCUUCCUUAACACUUCAUAAUUAUAUUUUUAUCUCACAUUUAUGUGCACUACUCUUACACCAGCCCAUAUUUGUUUGCUCACAUAGACUGAGAAUCUCACAGACAGAGUAGAAAAGUGAAUACACUGUAUGGCCCCUCUCUCUUGUUCAGCUUUAGGUUGCAGUCGCACUCACUCUGCAGUGACUCUGGGUGACUGGAGUGACCCACUGGAUCCAGACGCAGAGACUCAGACCAUCUACAAACAGCUUCUUCAGGGAAGAGAAAAGCUCAGGUCAGUGGCAUACACUUUGACAUGAGACAUUUGAAGGCUAUGAUAAACCUUCUCAGACAGACAGACAGGGUGCAGUUCAUUUACUUGUCACAAGGGGUCUACAUUGCAACACUAGGACUACUUUUAUUCAUUAGAAUAUAGCCUGUAACUCAGGAACACAUCAGUGUGGAUUGUUAUGUUCAGCCUCUCUCACACAAUGUUUUCAAACUCUGUUACACACUGUCUAAACAUUGAUAAACAUGCUGAUCAGUGUGUUAAUGUAAGUGUGCUGUGCUGUGCUGUGCUGUGCUGUGCUGUGGCCUGGGCUGUGUGCUAACAGGAAGCAGUAUGUGGAGGUGGAGGCUGAGAUGACCACAGAAGAGAAUAGACUGAACUCUGGGCAGCUCCCUGGUGAGAGACUGUCAAAGCAGUGCCUUUUUUAAUAUGCAGUUUGAACAGUUGUAACACCUUAGCUGUCAGAGAGGUUGCUUCCCUAGACCCUUGUACUGUCAUUUAAAGCAUUCACAUUGCUUCAAAUAUCUCUCUCUCUCUCUCUCCCCCAGAUGGAGCAGACUGUAGUGUGGAGCUCCUGAAGCACAGGCAGGCUGCAGCGGCUCGGCUACUGGGAGUGGUUCUGGAUCUGGAGCAGGCCCAUGAUGCCUUCCAGCGGCAGGAAAGAGAGGAGGCCGGCAGCCUCAUCCUGACCCCU